CGUAGCGCCAGUGGCGACAGUAGCGUGAACGCAUCUGCUCGUCUCCGCACCGCCUCAUUUCGGGCCAGUCAAUACCUCACAGCCGUUACCAAGACAUUAACAGGGCUUUUUGGAUCUUAACGGGCAUCCGCUCGCGUCGACAGCUCGGCGUCAUCCUCAUCCGAGUGUCCACCGGCUCCGUUUAUACAGCCAGUUUGUUGCAUUUUUAAUGGAAAAUGGCGAUGUUUCCUCAGUCCUCCGGUUUGUUGUGCCUCCUCUCAAUCCAGACUGUGCUGUUCCUCAGCGUCUCAUCACCGGCAGCGGCGACGCUCCGCUUUCCUCAGCACUACACAAUGAUUCACUGGGCUGGACGGAUAGAAAAGGAACUGGAGAAGGUUCUGCAGUUGGUCACUGGAGGUCAACAGAUGAAAGCUAUAUAUAGCGAGAAGAGGAGUCAGUUUGACGUGGAGCGAAACACGCCCAAACAGCUGGUGGACAAAGUGUCGGGCGACAUCGCCCAACUGCUCAACAGGAAACGUAAAGCCUUAGAGCGGCUGGCCAGAGAGGCUGAAGACAUCCAGAGAGAACAUUCAUGGCAAGAUGGAAUUAAAGAAAACGACAUCCAGUACUACGACUCCAAAGCCGACUCAGAUUAUUUGGAUGACGAUGAUGGGGAAAACCUGCUGGACAAUCCCAACUCUCUGUCUUUGGAGUUUGUGGAUGAUCCCAACUUUAAAAAUAAAGUGAAUUAUUCCUACACGGCUGUGCAGAUUCCCACUGACAUCUACAAAGGCUCUCCCACUAUCCUGAAUGAGCUGAACUGGACUCAGUCUCUGGAGAGGGUCUUCAUCGAGAACGCACGUGAAGACCCCUCGCUACGCUGGCAGGUGUUCGGUAGCGCCACCGGUGUCACCAGAUUCUACCCAGCGACUCCAUGGAGAGCGCCCAACAAGAUUGACCUGUAUGAUGUGAGGAGACGCCCGUGGUAUAUUCAGGGUGCUUCGUCUCCAAAGGACAUGGUCAUCAUUGUGGAUGUGAGUGGCAGUGUUAGUGGUUUGACCCUGAAGCUGAUGAAAACCUCUGUCAUUGAGAUGUUGGACACAUUGUCGGAUGAUGACUAUGUAAACGUGGCUCGGUUUAAUGAGAAAGCGUCUGCUGUGGUCCCAUGCUUUACCACGCUGGUCCAGGCCAACAUAAAGAACAAGAAGAUUUUUAAGGAGGCUGUGAUGAACAUGCAGGCCAAAGGCACGACAGACUACAAGACAGGCUUUCAGUUUGCCUUUAACCAGCUGUUGAAUGAGACCAACUCUCCGAGAGCAAACUGCAAUAAGAUGAUAAUGAUGUUCACUGAUGGCGGAGAAGAUCGCGCUCAAGACAUCUUCGAGAAAUACAACUGGCCCAACAAAACUGUGAGAGUUUUCACAUUCUCAGUUGGGCAGCACAAUUACGAUGUGACUCCGCUUCAGUGGAUCGCCUGUGCCAACAAUGGUUACUACUUUGAAAUCCCUUCCAUUGGAGCAAUCAGAAUCAACACACAGGAAUACUUGGAUGUUUUGGGUCGGCCGAUGGUGUUGGCAGGUGAACAGGCCAAGCAGGUGCAAUGGACCAAUGUUUAUCAGGACGCUCUGGGUUUGGGUCUGGUCAUUACUGGAACAAUGCCGGUGUUUAAUCUCACUGCUGAUGGAAACUCUAAAAGUCAGCUGAUACUUGGUGUCAUGGGUGUAGACAUCGCCCUAAGUGAAAUUAAAGAACUCACUCCACGCUAUAAGCUUGGAGCCAAUGGUUACACAUUUGCCAUCGAUCCUAAUGGUUAUGUGCUUUUACAUCCAAACCUACAGCCUAAGAUUAUCAAUUUUAGGGAACCGGUUACAUUGGACUUUUUGGAUGCUGAACUUCCAGACCGCUACAAAGAGGAGAUUCGUCGAGAGAUGAUUGAUGGUCGAAGUGGACAGAGGAAAAUCAAGACGCUGAUUAAAUCUGCCGAUGAGCGUUACAUUGAUGAGGCCUUGAGGACGUACAUAUGGGCUCCAGUGAAGGGCACAGAUUACAGCCUUGGUUUAGUUCUUCCAACCUACAGUGAAAAUCACAUCAAAGCCAACCUGAGCGACCAGAUACUCCAAGUCCAGUAUGGAUCAGACUUCAAGGAUUUUGAGUCUCUCCUGCCAAACACUUUUGAAUCAGAAGGACAUGUGUUCAUUGCCCCCAGGGAAUACUGCAAAGAUCUGGAGCUUUCCAGCAACAACACUGAGUUCCUGCUCAACUUCAUCGCUCUGAUGGAGAAAGUCACGCCUGACUCCAAACAAUGUGACAAUUUCUUGCUGCAUAAUCUGAUCUUGGACACGGGCAUCAUUAGACAACUGGUGGAUAAAGUCUGGAAGACCAAAGAUCUAAACACUUAUGGCUUUUUAGCCGUCUUUGCGGCCACCGAUGGAGGAGUAACCAGAGUGUUCCCAAAUAAGGCCGCUGAGACAUGGGAGGAAGAACCAGAGCCGUUUAACGCCAGUUAUUACCGUCGCAGUCUGGACAAUAAGGGUUAUAUAUUCAGAGCUCCUUACCGAAGUGCCAAUGAAGAGACCAUGAACCCAGAAAAUGACACCAUUGGCAUUCUGGUCAGCACAGCUGUGGAUAUUACACUCGGAUCCAGAAACCUCAAACCGGCAGUUGUUGGAGUUAAGCUUGAUCUUGAAGCGUGGACUGACAAAUUUAAGAUCCUGGCCAGCAACCACACAGAGAGCAACCGGCAGAGCUCACAAUCGUGUGGACCAACCAGUGGCUGUGAGAUGGACUGUGAAGCCAACAGUGAUGACUUGCUGUGUUAUCUUGUAGACGAUGGAGGAUUUGUUAUCAUGUCUAAUCAGAAAGAUUACUGGAGUAAGAUUGGGAUGUUCUUCAGUGAGGUUGACCCAGCCCUCUUCUACGCUCUCUAUAACAACUCACUGUACAAACGCAUGCAGUCCUAUGACUAUCAGUCAGUGUGUGACCCCGUACCCAGCAGUAAUACUGGUGCCGCACCACGCGGGGUGUUUGUGCCCACUAUUGCUGAUUUUUUAAAUGUUGCCUGGUGGACAUCUGCAGCUGCAUGGUCAAUCUUGCAACAGAUGCUUUAUGGAUUUGCCUAUCACAGCUGGUUCAUGACAGAUGAGGUUGAUGCCGAGGGGAUGGACACUAAAGGGACGAGCUGUGUCACAGUACAGACGCAGUAUUACUUCAGUAACAUCAGCAGCUCGUACAACAUCCUACAAGACUGUGACAACUGCUCCAGGUUAAUUCAUGCUAAGAGAAUAAACAACACUAAUCUGUUGUUUGUGGUGGCCGAACGCCUCUCCUGUAACUCCUGUGAGAUGGAGAAACUAUCGCAGAUGGAGACAGAAUACAAGGAAACGGAUAAAUGUGAAACGAUAACCACAGCCCGGUAUAGAAAAGGAACCACGACCUGUUUCGACUACAGUGAGAAAGAAAACACAUCAGACUGUGGGCGGGGCCACUCGUUCCGCCCCUCACUCUACACUUUACUCCUCCUCCAGCUCCUCCUCCUCUUUGUUAUGGUCCGCCCCUCUGUUUAACUCCAUCCUCUUCUCCUCCUCCCGCUCCUACUCGUCUCCUUAAUUCCGCAUUCCUCCUUUAUCUCCCGGUUGCUCUAGUCAUAGAUAUUAUAAAGGGACUUCCUUCUGCCCUUAUAUGGAAGCCCAGUCGUACUGCUUCAUCCACUUAGCUUCACAGGUUGUUGCUUAGUGACCGUUGCAGAACUUCGUUCUCUCCUGCCAAUCAAGAGCAUUUGUGGGAGGAGCUAAAAGUGUCUUUACGAAACAGGAAGCUAAACAAAGUUAGCGACGGGAAAUGACGGACCAACGUACGAAGACGAAACGGAAAAUGACACGGACUGUUCCCUCACAAAAGUCCCGCCUUUGCGGCGGUCAGGGGGUGGGGUUUCGUCCGACCCCGCCUCUAAAGAGGAAAGGUCAUUCUCAUCAUCGUAUUUAUCGUGUAUUGUAACCCGUGUCGCGUAGACGCAGAGCUACGGAUCUUUCUGACGCUGUCUAGCUUCCGGUAACAAGAAAAUAUUAAAAGCAGAACAUUAAGAGUUUCACAAAAGAUAUCAGUAACGACAUGAGUAUUAAAAUCAUACCUCCAUAUAUUAGGAUAUUAAAGGAGAAGGGCAAGGCGAUAGAUCUUAUUUAUUAAAUUAGCUUUUAUUUAUGCACUGUAUCUACUUCUUGCCAAAAUGAGACUUCUUGUGUUUUUCUAGCCAAAUUAGGGGGUAGAGAAAAACAAAAUGGCUGACGUUUGAAAGACAAUACUCAUGUUGAUAGUUAAAAGCGGUAUUAUAAGUCGAACCAUUCUGUUAUAAGGGCUUCAUUUAUUGUUUUGUUUUACGCCCCUGAUCAGAGUAGUUUAGUAUUUUAAGUAAAUAGUUUUAUUUAUUUAUUUAUUUAUUUAUUUUUGUCUUGCGAAUGAUUUAUCACAAGGCGAACUCUACUGAUGCCUCAGUAAUGAUAUCUGCAGCUAAUGUAAUGUUUUAUUUUUUUUAAGGAAUAGUUGACCCAAAAAUAACUGUUCAGAUGUUAUUUAUGCACCCUGAUUUUAGACCUGUAUGCUGUUGUUUUAAGAAACUUUAAGAAUAUUUUCAUUUAAUGACAGUACAUAGUGACAUUUGUCUAAAAAAAAUAAAAAAGUGCAGUUGAAAUUGGGCGCUAUAUUGUAAAAUAAAUGUUCGUAAAAAAGACUAUAAUAUAGCGCACAAGGUAGUGAAAUACUUGAAUAGUGGUUUGUGUAAUCCUUGCGUCUGGACAGAUGUGGUCACUGUCUGCAAAGGACCUCUGAAGAUUCUUCAAAAAGUAAAAAACACAACAAUAUACAGGUUGCAAAAGUAAUGAGGGUGAAUAAAUGAGGAAAGAAUGUAUUUUUGGCCAUUCUGUUAAACAAUCAAGAUAGGAUUUAUUAAAAGAAAGAUAUAUGAUUGAAAUGCAGUUUGAGUCUUUAGGCAACGAUGUCAAUGUGCAUUUUUUGUAAUGGUUUACGUGCAGUUUUUCAUACUCUCCGAAUGUCUAUUAUGCAUUGCAUCUCAAUGAGCACUUGUUUUGCACUAACAGAUUUGUUGGUGAAUUUAACGCAGUUCAUUCGAAUCAAGGUGAUCAUCACUGUAGAGCACACAAUUUACUUUAUAUGUUAUAUACAUACGGCCCAAACAUUCACUGCUCAACAUGAAUGCAACGCUUCUGUCUGUGUACGAUUGAUUUUAUGCACUUAAAUUGGCCAUUUAUUUACUUUAAAAAAAUAUUUUGUAAAUAUAUAAACAUACAAAUAUAUAAAAUGAAGGAACAGACCCUAUGCUUUCAAACAAACAAAACGAGAAAAAAAAAACGCUUCAUCCCAUCUUCGUAUAACCUUUUAAAUAUGGGUAGGUUUCUUCAAAAAUACAAAAUUUUAAGCAAAAAGCUAAAAUUAUUGCAUUUUUGUGAAGGAAUUUUGGUAGAGAUCAUAUUCACAAGAUGAUUAAAACAUACACAGAGUUAAAAAAUUAAAAAAUUAAUUUUUGCCUCAGUUUUUUAUAAAUUGGGCCAUCUAGUGGAUAAUAGCAGAAUUAUAGAUUACACUGAGAAAAAAUUAUUCAUUAAAUUUACUCAAUUUUUUUAAGGUAAGUGGUUGCAAUCAAUUUAUUUAAGCUACAUUUAAACUUAAAGUUUUUUAUUGUAUUUUAAUUUACUUUUGUUUAACUUAAAUAAAUGGAUUGCAACCACUUACCUUAAAAAAAUUAAGUAAAUUGAAUGAAUCAUUUUUUUUCAGUGUAUCGUAAAAUCUCGUCAGGAAAGCGUCAUUGGCAUGAAAAUGUUUUCUCUUAAAGGGGACAGAGAAUGAAAAAACAUUUUUACCUUGUCUUUGUUGAAUAAUGGUAGUCUACCAGCAUUCACAAACAUACAAAAAGUGCUAAACAUGCUAAACAUCUCAGUCUCAUAGAAAUUCCUCUUUUAGAAAUGUCAGACAGAAAACGGCCCAAUCUGAAAAACUGAUGCUUAUGACAUCACAGGCAUCUCACUGCCCCUCCACUUUAAAAUAAUUGUCUAAAUUUUUUGAGUGGCAGCAAAGUCAGCCAAUCAGUAAUGAGAUUGCAAGUUAAGCCAGUAGGGGGAGCCAAAUAGGUGCAAAACCACUUGUUUAAAAUCCCCCACCCUAAUAGAGCUAUCUGAGAGAGGUUUUUAGGACGCUUCUAAGGCAUAACAGACCCAAACAAAAAAAUUUUGUCUACAUGUCACAUCACAGAACAAGGAUAAAUACCCCAUUCAAUCAUUCUAUGUCACCUUUAAUUGACGAGAUAACUCGUCAAUGGCAUGAAAGAGUUAAUACUUUUUUUAAUUACUUUUUAUUAAUACAAGGUCGAGUGCAGUGCAUUAUGGGAUAAAGUGUUAUGUGCAAUGCAUUCAAUUGAAGGUCACUUUAUGCAAACAGAAAAUUUGCAAAGCGCACACAAUGUAUAGUACAAACUGCAUACUACAGAAAUAGUAUGAGUAGUGAAGUAGUAUGCGAUUUGACACAGCCAGUGCCUCUAAACUGGCUAUAGGGCGGCAGCAUCUUUUUGGGCCUUUUGACUGAAUAUAGUAACACAAUCUGUGCAUCGUAACGUGACGUCUGUAAGAGAAUGUGAUUUAUCGUUCUGAUUUGGGUUUCAACCCUAAUGAUCGAGAAGCUCCUUAUAUACAUUUAUCUAAUCAGUAAAUCGGGAUUCAUAAGAAUUACUGGAUGCAUUUUGAACUUGCAUCUUCAGUCUCAAUCCAGCUUCAGUCUCAUAUCAAUGGUGCUCUGGUUAUAGAGUUUGUUACACAAAUAUGAAGGUUGCUUUCCUGUUGUUGUGUCUGGUUUGUUUGGGUGAGUGUGUAUGAUGUAUUCAGGUUUGCUAAUGGUUGAGGAAAUGAAUCGAUGUUUGCCGUCAUGAUGUAUGUGUAAUAACUGUGAAGACUUUAUGAGAAGUAUUUCGAGCGUAUUGUCAUUGUGGGUGUUGAUUGAAUGAUAAAGUAUGGUCGUGGUUUUCACUUAAGUGUCAAACGAAUGUUUUGCAUCUGUUCGUCUUGAGGUAUUAUCUGCCAGGGGAAUUUUAAAGAUACAUUCACUCUGCGUGUGCAUUUAAAGGAAUAAUUCACCAGAAAAUAAAUAUGGCUUCAUCAUUUACUAACUCAUUCGAUAAAAAACAUAUGUGUUAUUUGCUGGAAAUCUAAUGGGGCAUACACACCAAACACAAGUUCACAGAUUUGCGCGAGUAGAUUACAUACAAAGUCAAUGCAAAGAUGCGAUCAGACACGUCCUCGCGCAGGGGAUGCGAAUGAUGCAAAUUAGGCAGCGCGAUUGCCGCAAAAACACACGCUGUUAACCUCAAACGCGCCUUCGCGCAAGUUGAAAAUAUUAAACUCAAGCGAAAAAUUCACAUGACACAAAGUUAAAUCCCGCUAGUAAUCUAGAGCGAUCAACGCAAUGCUAAGUGUGUACGUAGCAUUAUUCACUGUUUAAGCUAAUAAGCUAUCAUAUCUGUAAAGCUACGUACACACCAAACACGAAGCUCUAGAUUACUCGUGGGAUUUAACUUUUAGUGUUAUGCUUUUUUGCUUGAGUUGAAUAUGUUCAACUUGCGCAGAAACGUCUUUGAGGCACAUAGCGACGCAAUUCACGUCAUUCACAUCGUAUCUCGCGUGAGUUUGCAUCCCGUUUACGUCUUUUCAUUGAAUCUACUCGUGCAAAUCGCUGUGUACGCCGCUUGUAUUAUCCGUACAGAAAAGCCACAUCAGUUUCAAAUGUGCAAAAACACUUAAUCACAUAUGAAACAUAGUUUUGGCACAUUUUCGUGUCAUCACACGUGAAAAGCAUGAGUUUUUUCUGUGUAGGAUAAUUGUACGGAAAUCAAUUAGUUUUAUUUGGCUGAAAACCAAAAGGUAAAAGUGUUUGGAAUGAUACGAGGGUAAAUGAUGAGAAAAUAAUACUUUUUGGUGAUCUGUCCCUCUAUGAGAUGUGUGCAUGAUGUUAACACUGAUACUGUUGGAUGCAUUCACACAAAACUGUUUAUCAUUCAGUUCUCUACCACCAACUUAACAAUUCAUUAUAAAGACAGGUUGGUCUACGUGCUACAUGUUGAGCUGAGAUUUCGUGGACUGUACAUAUCACUAAAAGUUUAAACUUGAAUGCAACCCUAAAUCUCACACUAUCACAUAUGACUCUUAUAGGUAACCCGGUCAAACACAUCCUGAUACAUUUACGAACCCGUCCACGUUCCUGAUUUUAUAUUGUAGACCCAUUGACCCCAUUCAGACCUAUAAAAUAAUUCCUGUUUCGAUAUACAUUUGCAAGGUCAUAUGUGGUAAUGAAACUAAAUAUGAAGACUGAUCUUAGCCUUUGCUUUUUAACCUCAAUGGAAAACUCUCAGAUAAAAGGUACAAAAGAAGUACACCUUUGACCUAAAGAGUGCAUAUUAGUACCUCAGAGGUACCAAAUGUAUACAUAUCUAUACCUAAAUGGACAUAUUAGGACCUUUUUAAGGGGUCCUGUCCCAGUGACAGCUUUUGUAUCUUUAUUACUGAGAGUCCAUACAACCUACAGGCUACAGUAUUUUUAUUUUUCUGAAGUCAUAUGUGAUGGCUUUGUGAAGCUGUUUGCUGAAUAUCUUGAUGGUCUGAUGGUUCUCGCAUUAAUAUAUAUCACGCAAAGUUAUUAUGUCAAUUUUGAAUGACGUAAAGUUAAAGGUAGAUGACAGAAUUUUCAUUUUUGGUUAAAAUGUUUCUAUAAUGCAUAACUGUAAUGUUGAAACCUGUUAAAUGACUAUUGUGUACCUCUCUUUAUGCCCGAAUAUUGAAACAAUCAGCAGUUUUAUUUACCAAAAGCUCAACAAAAACUUUUGCCAUACAGGUAUGUUAUGUCAGCCUGAUUUCACAAGAAUUCGUACGUAUUUUACGAGUUUGCUAAUUCGUACAAAAUUAUUUGUGCAAAAUGUAUGAUUAUCAUAAAAAAACGAAGCGCAACCCCCAAUCCCCAAUGUCGCUGGGGUGAAGGCAAAAAAAGUACAAAAAUGUACACAUGUGGUCCUACGAAAUUGGCCACUUCAUAAAAAACGUACGAAUUGCCAUGAGAUAGCGUUGGUUAUGUUUAAUUUUCAUUUUAAGGGGAAGCGUGUAGUUGUGUUAACACUAAAACACUGUCGAUGUACAGGGGCACGAAACGGCCCAAAUAAGGGAAAAGACACCGCGAUUAAACGAUCAUGAUUGUGUCUGUCUCGUGUCACGAAUCCAAGUACACUGUGGAACAAAAGUCGUUGUUUGUGGUCUGAAAGAUUUGCUUUUGCCAAAAAAAAAGAGAAAAAUAAUAGUAUUCAUAAUCAAGCUAAAAGAGGAAGCAGCUUGCACAUAGGGAGGGGUCUGCCCCACCCACUGGGAGGAGUCAUUCAUGUAGACCCUCCCGUAGCCCCUCCCACUCCAAAGUAACAUCCUUGUAGGCGCGUUUCCGUCAGUGAGACGUGUGUAUGUGAUUACGUAGUCUUUAGUCUGGUGAUCCGUGACAAAUGUGUACAAAAAAUAUAUAUUAAAAAAACAAACAAAGGAAAAUUUGAAUUUAACACGAGUGAGGUUUAAACGUAUUAAAAAAUAGAUUCAGAGUACUGCUGAUAAAAUUCAUGAUUUGAGGUCUGAUACCAUGGUGAGCGUUUUUUUUUUCUUUCUUUGCUUUGUUAAUCGGAUCGUGUGUUGGUGGGCUCUGUGCCUGGUCUCCGGAUCCAUGCUUCAUUUUUUUGUACAGACAACAAAAAAGCAACAAAGGCAAAUUUGUAAAAUACUGUGUCUGUGACUCCUUGUAAAAUAUUUUCAAAUUGUUUAUUACAGAGAAUCAGUUAUUAAAUAAUGUUCAUAUUUUUCACUUCA